AUCAAAAGAGCAAAAAAUGUCUUAAAACAGUCUGUGAGUAAAUUACACCGUCAACUGUGUGUGUCUUCUUCUUUUUUUUGAUCACAAUUUAUUCAGUGAAACAUUUUAACAAACAAAAAAUGGGUGACAAAAAGCAGCUGAUUUUAGUAGUUGAAGGUACUGCUGCUUUAGGCCCUUAUUGGCGAACAAUUGUCUCAGAUUACCUUGAUAAAGUUAUCAGGUCUUUUUGCGAUAAUGAUCCGUUGAAAUCACCUGGGACUAUCUUUGAGUUGGCUCUGAUAAUAUUUAAUGCACAUGGAUCUUACAGCCCUUGCUUGGUACAACGUAGUGGGUGGACCCGAAAUGUUGAUUACUUCUUUGAAUGGCUAUCAUCUAUACACUUUAGUGGUGGCGGUUUUUGUGAUGCUGCAAUUGCAGAGGGACUUGGUGAAGCUCUAAUGAUGUUUCCUUCUGUAAAUGUGCCGCAAAAUCAACACAAUGUAGCUGUUCAAAGGCAUUGCGUUCUUGUUGCUGCAAGUAAUCCAUAUCCAUUGCCGACAUCAGUUUAUCGACCAUCAGUGCAGAAAGUAGAGCCAACUGAUAACAGCGAGGCACAGUCUGAAAGCCGUUUAUCAGAUGCUGAGACUCUCGCUAAAAUAUUUCCACAGUGUUCUGUUUCCUUGUCAGUUAUAUGUCCAAAACAGCUUCCAAAACUAAAAGCAAUAUAUAAUGCGGGAAAAAGGAACCCGACAUCAGCUGAUCCUACAAUUGAUGUUGUGAAGAAUCCACAUUAUCUUGUGCUCAUUUCAGAAACAUUCAUGGAAGCACGUGCUGCUUUAAGUCGAUCAGGAAUUACAAAUUUGUCCUCUCAAACUCCUAUCAAAGUCGAUGUAUCAUCACUUCCUCCAGUAUCAGGGACUGCUCCAUCUUCAGUUCCAACAGUUAAUGGAUCUUUAAUGAAUCGACAACCAGUUUCUGUAGGAACCAUUCAUCCUACAACUGUAAAAGUGGAACCAAUCACAGUUUCUUCAACGCUACCUUCACCUGUACCUGCACCCUCAUUUCAACAUGUUCCAUCUGUUCCUCGUCCUACCUCGCAAGGAAUCCCAACCAUGCAAACAUCUUCACCAUUAUCCGUGUCUCAAGAAAUGCUCUCAAAUAACGAUACUGUGCAAGAUAUGAAACCAAUUGUCAGUGGUAUACAACCACCAAUGCGUCCCACAGGUCCUGCAAAUGUUAACAUUCUCAAUAAUCUCUCACAAGCCCGCUUGAUGAACUCCGCUGCCCUCGGUGGUGGCACAUCCAUGGGACUGCCAUCAAUUGCCGGGAAUCCCAUGGCCAUGCAUAUGUCCAACAUGAUAUCUAGUGGAAUGGCAUCAACUGUACCUGUUUCCCAAACUGUAAUGUCAUCUGGACAAUCGGGUAUUACAUCUAUUCCCGGGUCUGGGACGCUUUCGGGGACCACACAGGGUACUGUGUCUGUACCUGGUUCGUUUGCUUCAACCAAUUCUAACAUGUCUGGGAGUUCUAGCCAACCGUUGGGAAAUCUUCAGGGAAGUGUUGGAAUGGGUCAGCCUGUUGCAGGAAUCAGCCAGACUAACCUUCCUGGCCCACAAAUGGUGCAGAGUGGCAUGGGAAUGAAUCAAAAUAUGAUGAAUGGUAUGGGUCAACCAGGUAUCGCUGGAUCCGGGGUUGGAGCUGGAACUGGAAGUGGGGCUGGAAAUGGCUCCAUGAUGCCAACUCCUGGGAUGGCUCAGCAGCAAGCACAAGGAAUGCAAACUCUCGGUGUAAAUAAUAACACAGCAGCUAACGUUGGUCUCCAGCAACAAGCACCAGGUGGUGCCGGUGCCGGUGCCCUACAAUCAGCACAGUCAAAAUAUGUGAAAGUUUGGGAGGGGAAUCUAUCUGGGCAGAGACAAGGUCAACCUGUGUUUAUUACCAGAUUAGAAGGGUACCGGAGUGCUUCAGCUUCCGAAUCGCUUGCAGCUAAUUGGCCGCCAACGAUGCAAAUAGUUCGGCUUAUAUCUCAAGAUCAUAUGAAUAACAAGCAAUAUGUCGGAAAGGCAGAUUUCUUGGUUUUCCGGGCAAUGAACCAACAUGGAUUUCUUGGACAGCUUCAAGAAAAAAAACUUUGUGCAGUCAUACAGUUACCGUCACAGACGCUUCUACUGUCUGUUUCUGAUAAAGCAUGCCGAUUGAUCGGAAUGCUUUUCCCUGGGGACAUGGUGGUGUUUAAGCCACAGAUAGCCGGUCAGCCACAACAACUUCAACCCCAACAGCACCCACAAAUGCAGCAACAACAGCAGCAGCAGCAGCAGCAACAACAACUGCAGCAUAUGCAGCAACAACAGCAGCAGAUUCCGCAGUUGCAGCAACAGCAGCAGCAGCAGAUGCAACAGCCGUCACAACAACAGCAACCACAACAACCGAUGCAACAGCAGCAGCAGCAACAACAACAACCACAACAACAAAUGGUUGGAACCGGGAUGAACCAAGGUUAUGUCCAAGGUCCUGGCGGACGAACCCAAUUAGUCUCUCAGGGACAGGUUCCUUCACAAGGCCCACAAAGCAUGUCUAAUGGGAGCUUUAUAAACUAAAACUUUAACUCUGCAUGAAAGAAGACCACUGGGAAUACAUUCCCACGUCUGAUAUUUUGUGCAUCUGAAGGGUUUUGCUACCUUAUUUACGUGGUAGGAUGAACGAAUAAUAUUUGGCUAUCUAAAAAGACUAUAUAUGAUAAGCUAUAUAGUUUGUAUAUCUAUGAUGAUGAUGAUGUUAAGUUGAAGUGUAAUUUUUGGAAGAAUAGUGAAAUCUGGAUAACAAUUAAUAUCGUA